AUUUCCACUCAAACUACUAACAAUUCCAUUCCAAUUCCUUUUAUUCUAGUUCUACUCCUACAUAUAUUUUUCGAAGACUACACACACAAUUACUUGAGUUCAAAAUCAAUAAUUAUAAUGGCGUCAUCACCUAAUGAAUCAUCACUAGACCUUAUCCGACAACACCUUCUCAUAGAUGAUCUUUCUUUCCUUCAAACAUAUUCAGAUAUUUCUAUUUCACCUAAUAAUAAUUAUAAUUCGUCUCCUUGUUCUUCUUCAUCCUACGUGUCUUCUGACGAAAUCUUUGAAUUUAAUGUCAUGCCACACAAACAAACCAGUUUCAACGAGCGUAAGCCCUCGUUGAACAUAUCGAUUCCGUUUCCGCCGCAAGUAGUGGAAACACCAGUAGUGGCGGAAACGGUAUCUACUAGUGUAGAUGAUAAAAGACGUUAUAGAGGAGUGAGGCAACGUCCGUGGGGUAAGUUUGCCGCGGAAAUUAGGGACCCGAAUAAAAAAGGUACAAGAGUUUGGUUAGGGACUUUUGAUACCGCGAUUGAUGCCGCGAAAGCGUAUGAUAGGGCCGCGUUUAGGCUACGCGGAAGUAAAGCUAUAUUAAAUUUCCCAUUAGAAGUCAGUAAUUUAAAUAAGGCGAAAGAAAUGCCUAUGGUGGUAAAAAGUAAUAACACAAAGAAACGGAUCGCGAAAAAUGAUGACGUGGAGGAGAGUGUAAAAAAUUUUAAAGAAAUGAAAACAGAAACGGAGGUUGUGGAAAACGGAGUUGGGCCUUUAACGCCGUCAAGUUGGAAGGCUGUUUGGGAUUUUGGUGACGGUGAAGGUAACGGAAAAGGUAUAUUCGAGGUGCCACCGUUAUCUCCUUAUGGGUUUUCGACUGGAUGUAUGGUUAUUUGAAGAGGAUUUAACGGCGUUUACUUAAUAUGGUAAACGUUAAUGGGAAUGGAUAAACGAUAGUUAUGUUAACGUUUUGUAUUAUCUACACCCCAUUUCUUUUUUGAGAAACGAGAAAAAAAAAAAAAGAAAUAAGGUGGUGAGGUGUUUAAUGUAUAUACUAGGAAGUGAGGAGUAGUGUGCACGUAUUUGCUUCAUUUGUUUUUUUAAUAUUAUAUAUAUCUCUUUGUUAUUAUCGUGAAUUUAAUAAAUGAGGUUGAAUAAAAAUAUAUUCAUUUUUAAAA